GAUCAAUGACUAACUGGAUACUGUAAAAAUUGUGAUUGAUUUUUGUAAUUAGAGCUUAGAAUGUCAUAAUCAUAGAAUUAUGACAUCUACUUUUGUCACGAUGACACCUGAGAAGUGUCACUCUGCAUGACCUGACAACCCCACACCUGUUAGAACACCGGCAACCGGCUAGAAUGCCGGCAAUGGACCGGCGUCUCAGUCAGGAGGUCGACCGGAUGGACGGCAACGAGAGGUUUCGCCAAAUUGUCUCCAGCGACAACUCGAAGGUGCUGGGCUCGCUGCUCAUGGAGCUGGGGCCAUCCGAGGCUAAGAAACUGAUCGACGAGUGCUACAGGGCGUACCCCGAGCCGGCACUGACCCAGUGCGUCAAGAGGGACGGGCACGGUCAGCACAAGAAGCACGAGGACAUUGUCGUCUGCUGUCGUCUGCUGCUCAAGUACGGGGCGGACGUCAACAAGAGAGACAAAGCGAAAAAGACAGCCCUGCACUGGGCAUGCGCACUGAAGAACGACAGCAUGGUCAAGCUGUUGCUGGAGUGUGGUGCUGACCCUUCCAUUGUCGACAACUACGGGUUCAAUUCCCUGCACGUCGCCGUGAAUGUUGGCGCCAUCGAGUGUGUCAGGCUUAUUCUGGCAUCAACUCGACAGCUGACGGACAAGCACGAUGGGAACGGAAGCACCGCCAUCUUGACGGCCGUAGAGAAUGGAAACAUUGACCUGGUCAAAGUUCUGGUAACGGCUGGCGGUGACGUCAACCUUCAGGAAAGAGACACCAAGAGAACCCCGCUCCACUAUGCUCUCUACCUCAAACACAAGGACAUUUUCGAAUUCUUAUUGAACAAUGGAGCGGACCUGACGAGAACUGACCACCGGGAGACCAACAUCGUCCACCGGUGCUGUGCCAUCAACGAGCCGUCCUUCCUGGAGCUGGUGCUAGCCCGCGGCACCCAGGACACCGAGAGGGCGCUCCGCAUGGAGGACAGCGAGGGCGCCAGCCCCGUCAUCGUGGCCUGUCAGAAUGGGAACAUCGCGCAACUGCGCAUGCUCGUGGAGGCGGGGGCACCAGUGGCCAACAAAGACAGGUUCCGGCGCUGUGCCCUCCACCACUGUGCCGAGAACACGGACACGAGCUGUGCCGAGUACAUCCUCAAGUCCAUCCCCUCCCUCCUCACCUCAGCAGACGACGAGGGCCUGACGCCAUUGCAUAUGGCGGUCAUCGCUGGGAACAUCCCCCUGAUCAAACUUCUGCUGAAGAGGGGAGCUAAUCUUAAAGCUGUGGACAAUGAGAAACAUACAAUGACGCACUGGGCCACAGUCUGUGGUCACUCUGAUGUCCUGAAUGUCCUACUGGAGAACGGGGCCGAACUGAACACCCCCGACAAACACCACGCCUACCCCAUCCACUACGCAGCACAGAUGAUGGCAAGAAAAAACAAGGACGACGACUCGUCAAACAGCCCACCAGACGACGCCUGCCAGCAGAUCCUGAAGACGAUGCUGGAGCACCAGGUGUCGCCUGAAGUCGAAGACAAGGAUAAGAGAACUCCAGUCAUUUGGGCGGCUAGCGCUGGUAAUUCCGAGGCCUGCAAGCUGUUGUUCCAGCACGGCGCCGACGUCAACCGCACGGACAAGGAUGACCUCUCACCUUUGCACUGUGCGGCCAGCAGGGGUCACACAGAAUGUGUGGAGACACUGGUCAAGCACUGCUCGGCCCUAGUGGAUCCCGUGGACAAGAACCAGUGCACUCCCCUGUUCUACGCCACCACCCUCGCCCACGUCGACUGCAUGAGGGCGCUGCUGCAGCUGGGUGCUGACGUCAUGCACACGGACACACGCGGCCGUAAGGUCGUCCACUGUGCCACGGUCAGCGGGUCCACAGAGGCGCUGGAGGUCUUGAAACAGCACAACGUCGAUCUGUGGGUCAGGAACCUCAAGGGGGACGAGCCGAUCCACGAGGCGGCACAGUCUGGACACAUAGAGGUCGUCCAGUUUCUCCUGUCACUGGCCAAAGACAAGGUCAAGGCCGUCAAUGGCGGCAACAACGAGGGUCGCACGUGCAUGCACAUCGCGGCGCUCACCAACAACAUCUGGCUGGCCAGGGUCCUGCUGGAGCACGGCGCUAACGUCAACUCUGUCAUGGUCAACAAGGGUAAAUAUUACACCCCUUACGACGCUGCUGUUCUCAAAGGUCAUACUGAGGUCAAGGACUUUCUGUACGCGCACAACGGCAGGUCAGGAAGUGAGGUAGUGGAUCACGCCGCUGAGGUUAUUCAGACCCGUUUCCGGUAUCACAAGAAGCACCGGUCAGCGCAGCGUCAGAGUGCGGAUAGUUCUGGGACGCCCACGGUUGAAAAGCUUAACGCCUCUCGCACUUCGAGCGCGGAGGGCAAGGCGGACGUCCAAGAGAAGUUGGGGGAAGAGAAAGAUCAACGCGAGGUGAAUCAGACUUUGGCCGUAGAGAAGGACACGCCGAAAUACGUCGACAAGGGUACCCAGAUCACCACGCCCUCUGGGAAGAGAUCCGGAAGAAUCGACCCCGAAAAAGCUGGAGAUCAAACCUCCAAGGAAAAACCAGCUAGCAGAGAUUCCGAAACAGCUGGCGCGGAGCAGGCCGGAUCGUUUCCCAAACAGGAGUCAACGAAACUCGAGUCUAAGAGUCAGGAUAUAAAUACAAGUUCGACAAAGACUUUUACCGCGGAUACGUCUACGCAAAUCUCCGAGAAGUUAACCCACGCGCCUCGGCAGAAGACAAUCAAAACCAAAUCCUCUAGCCAUUCAGACGAGUGUGAGACGCCCUCGGAGAAAUCCACCUCCCACGGCAACACCUCGGACAUCGAGUCUUCCGGCAGUGACGUCGCGCGGCGGAAAAAACCGAAGAAGCCGUUGAAGAAAAUCAUCACCAGCGGAAGGAACUCCGCUAAAAAACCACUCGUGUCGCACGACCGGAGAUUCAUCCGGCAAAAAGCCGUGACUAUUCACAGCCGGAACUCGCUGUACGAUUCCAAAAGUACUAAAUCCUCUACGGACGACGGGUUCUCCGGUCAGUAUAAAAGUCUGUCUACAGAAGAGGAAAUAGCUCAGAGUGAACCGCCGUCCUUUGAAAAAUCUAAAGACGCUCCCGAUAGAUCACCGGCUCCUUCCAAAUCUCCUCGAAAACCUAAAAAAACAAAUUCACAAACAUUAACCGAGUGUCGAGAGGAAAGAUCAAAUCAACAUUCCCCGAAACCUCCUUCGGAACUUAUAACAGCACCCACGUCUAAACACACCAUGGAUAACACCAACACCGAUAAAAACAAUAAAAACUCGUCCACGCAUCGGAAUAACUCAGUCGAACCUGUUCCUUUGAGGAAGAACACAAAAAACAAACAAUCUCUAGCCCAGACGUAUACAGAAAGCCAAAAUAACAGCCAAGACUCUAUAGCUCGUGAUAAUUCUUCAGUGAACAAUCGAAAAUCAGCAAAAACAAAAUCGGAGGAAGCGCAAUACAAAGAAAACCGCGCAAAUUCUGCAGCAAAGGCCAAACCAAGAUGGCGAUCCGAGGACGCUGGACACGAGAGAAGACCCCGGAUGUCUAGUUCCACAAACCCUCGUAAGAGUGCGGGAUCCAGAAGUCCCGCCCCUGCUAGUGCACGCUCCCAGCGCCGGUCAGCUAGUCCGAAAUCAAGCCGGAAGUCUCUCCGGAAUAAUGACCGAGCCGCCGGCAGUUAUGAUGACGUGGACACAGACGGGAACAAUGCUAGUAAAAACCAGAGGGAGGAUGAGAGUUAUACAGAUGCUGAUGAAACCGAAGAUGAACAAGAGAAGCCAUCAAAGAAGAAGACUCGACCGAACCAGCUGAUACAAUCAAUACAGGAGAGUGUUAAGAAAUACGAGUCAGAGCGGAGGUCUAUCAGACAGCUUCACCAAAUGAAGCGGAUAAUGAUCCACUCUGGACCGUCCUACGAUCAGGCUAUCUUCAAGAAGAUUAUACGAGAGAAGAACUUGGAGGCCAACAGGCAUAAAUCAUGGGAUCGAUACCUACAGGAACAAAUUAAACGUAUCCAGGAAGAUAGAAAAUCUAGAACAAAAAUAGGCACCGCUGUUCAGAACAGCUCAUCCGACGGCCCACCAGACUCAUCUCGAUCACAAACAGCCUAUCGACAGCAGGACAGCCAGGCGAACCAACAGCACAGGGAGGCGAACAGCCAGGAUUCACAGGGUGACAGCUUAUCCAGGAAAAAUAAUCCUGACCGCAGUCGAGCACAGCGACCUCAGACGGCCCGCAGUCACAAGUCAAUGGCGGUGUUGAGAGAAAACCAGGCCAGCACUGAGAACUACGGGUACUACAAUGACCCCAGGAGGUCAAGCAGCAAACAGGCCAUCCGAGCACGUCACGAGCUGGCCCAGCUUCAACUGAUCCAAGCCUACCAGCCGUACGCUGGUCUAGAGAUCUUCACACACCCCGUAGCAAGUUCUAAAUCAGCAACCAGAUAUGGUCGACCAAAUUCUAAAACCUCUGCCAUGACAAACACAUCUUAUGCUUCUAGAACAGUCCAGGAGCAGGACCGACCGUCCAGUCACACUGUGAUGACCAUGUAUGGCACCAGGAAGAUUCGACAGACAAGUAGCCUUGACAGCCAGU